AUGCAGUCCAACGAAGAUCUGGAACCCACUGUCCGUAUUCGCGAACUCAAAAAGGACCGCGUCAACUUUGUGCUAGGAAAUGUUGACUUGGCAUUCGCCAACUCUCUAAGACGAGUUAUGAUGGCAGACAUUCCUACAGUCGCCAUUGAUAUGGUCGAAAUCGAAACCAAUACCACAGUUCUGCCCGACGAGUUUAUUGCCCAUCGGUUGGGAAUGAUACCUCUUAUAAGCACCAACUGUGAUGAAGCUAUGCGAUACACUCGGGGUAUCGCAAAAGAACACGCCAAGUUUUCCCCAUGUUCAGCCGUCUCAUUCGAAUACGACCCGUACAAUAAAUUACGACAUACAACGUAUUGGUACGAGACGGAUAUCAAGGGAGAGUGGCCUUUGAGUGAAAAUGCGAAAGAAGAAGAAGCACCAAGGGACGACGAACCCUUUGAUUUCAAUGCGAAACCCAACAAAUUCUACUUUGAGGUUGAGACUGACGGCAGCCUUGGACCACAAGAAGUUGUAAUGAAGGGUCUGGCAGAACUUCAGACAAAGCUAGCCAACCUCAUUCUGGGUCUGAAAAGUGGACCUGAGCACGAUAUGGUUGCCAAUGACGUUACAGUUAACGGGCAUGGGCCGGCGAUCGACAAUCCAUGGACAGGCGGGGCGACUUGGACUUCACCGGCCAAUACUUCAGCGACAACAGGAUGGGGCGGAUCGACGAGUCCAUCACGCGGGGGAGGAGCGUCCAGCUCAUGGAGCAGUCAGCCUACUCCGAGUGGUGGUGGUGGCGGUUGGGGGACUGGUGCGAACGCUGGAUGGGGCAGUCCAGAGCGGCGCUCGAAUGGUUGGAACGUCUAA